AUGAGCAAGAAGAGCUUUCUCGUUUUCCUAUCCGCCCGAGAUAUAGCCCUAGCAUUCAUAGGAGUCGUUCCAAGCUCGAAGUCUAGCUUGAGAGAUGGAACUGAUCUAGAUUCAGAGGCUAAUAUGCAGAAUUAUAGUGCAAAUAAAUCUGAUCAGGAGCUCAAUCAACAACCACAGGAGCCAGAGGAGAGUCUAGGUCAAUGUCGACAGACCGAAAAAGAACACGGAUGGCGCAAAGUAGUGCGAAAUUUCAACCCGCGAUGGUUUACGGUCAAUAUGGGGACUGGAAUUGUGUCCAUUGUCCUAUACAACCUUCCCUAUAACGGAAGAUGGCUUUACUGGAUAUCGGUGGUGAUAUUUUGUCUGAAUGUCGCAUUGUUCGUAACUUUCUUUCUUAUCUCAGUCGUUCAUUACACUCUCUAUCCAUGGAUAUGGAAAGAGAUAAUCCAGCAGCCUGGCGACAGCCUCUUCCUCGGAACAUUUCCGAUGGGUCUAGCCACUAUCAUCAAUAUGAUCGUCUAUGUUUGCGUGCCUGCAUGGGGCUAUAGGGCUGUUCAGCUGGCCUGGGGUCUCUGGUGGAUCGACGUGGCGCUAUCGCUCGUCUGCUGUCUAUUCGUCCCAUUCACUAUGAUGUAUUAUUACGAAACUUCACUUUCAGAAAUGACUGCCGACUGGAUCUUCCCGGUCGUGUCAACGAUAGUCGCUGCAGCAUCAGGUGGUGUCGUCGCCGAAGUACUUCCCAACCCAACCCACGCCCUCUGGACCGUCCUCGCCUCUUACGUCCUAUGGGGUACAGGCGUUCCGCUCGCCAUGGUUGUGCUUGUAAUAUACUUCCAGCGGCUGACUGCCCAUAACCUCCCUCCUCGUGAAGUAAUCGUCUCCGUCUUCCUGCCUCUGGGACCCCUCGGUCAAGGAGGCUUCGGCAUCAUGCAGCUCGGCAAAGUCGCAAUGGAUAUCUUCCCCAAGACAUCGACUCUCGCUCCCUCGACCAUAAACCCUGGAGAGGUUCUGUAUGUAGUAGGCUGGUUAGUAGCGACCGUUCUGUGGGGAUUUGGGCUCGUGUGGUUGUUUUUCGCAGUCGCGAGUCUUGCGACUGAGAGGUUCCGGUUUCCGUUUGGUUUUGGAUGGUGGAGUUUUACUUUCCCAUUGGGUGUUUUUACGGCUAGUACUACACAGAUGGGGAAGGAAUUGCCUUCGAGAUUCUUCAAUGUUUUUGGCACGAUCACGGCUGUUUCUGUAACACUUUUAUGGAUCCUCGUCUCGUUUCAUACAAUCAAAAAUGCGGCUUCAGGGGAAUUGUUCAUUGCGCCUAGUUCAAAGAAUUUAAAAAAGAAGAGAAAGGAUGUUAGAGCUACUGUUUGA